GCACGCACGUAUUCUCUCGCUCCGUAUUAUUGAAACCAGCCACCAUGGGGAGUUAAGGGCAAGACGACGGGUUAUUUUCGUUAAUAUUUAAUAUUAGGAAAGCUAUCCAUAUGCUGCGUUUUGGAGCACACAGUUCGCGCCAGUAUCCCCAAUGCAGCGGAUUACGGGGAACGGGCUUUCAGAGACGGGUGAAUUGUUUGCCAGCAGAAUCAUUGCUCGGGGCGAAGAUCUGACCUCUGCCUUGUGCAAUCAGAGACAUGAGUGUUGUCAGAGAAUUACAUGGGAUUGGGUACAGGGGUGGUGGUGGGGUUGUGGCCUCUCUGAGCGGCCCAACCCACUUUACUGAGGAUGCGCCGCGACCCCCAGUUCCUGGUGAGGAGGGGUCUGAUGUGGACCCCCCAGUCCAGUCAGCUAACACCCGUCCGAACGCCCUUUCCCAAACCCUCGGCUAUCCCCCGUCAUCCUCAUUAUCUAAAAUGGGGGAUUCAUCAAGUUACACACCCUCCUCAUCGUCUGCGACUCCACGUCGCCCUGAUCUGGACUUGGGGUAUGAACCUGAGGGCUCGGCUUCACCAACUCCACCUUACCUGAAGUGGGCUGAGUCACUUCACUCACUCCUAGAUGACCAGGAAGGCAUCCAGCUGUUCCGAAACUUCCUGUGCCAGGAAGGGUGUGCAGACCUUCUGGACUUCUGGUUUGCCUGCUCGGGGUUCAGGAAGACCAGCCAAGAGAAGAGGGCAAAGCUGGCCAAGGCUAUCUACAGGAAGUACAUUGUAGACGGAAGUGGGAUUGUCUCCAGGCAGAUCAAAGCAGCCACCAAGAGCUUCAUCAGAGACUGUGUGGGAAGGCCGCAUCCAGACCCUGCUAUGUUUGAACAGGCCCAGACUGAGAUCCAGGCCAUGAUGGAGGAGAACACUUACCCUUUGUUCCUCAAGUCGGAUCUGUACCUGGAGUACACACGGACAGGAGGAGAGAGCCCCAAACCUAACCCCAGUGAUCAGAGUCCUUCAUCGGGGCCAGCCAAGCCUGUGCCUGGGUAUUUACCCACUCUCGCUGAGGAUGAGGAGUGGAGGUGUGGGGCAGGAGGAGUGAGGGAGGUGGAGGAAGAAAAAGAUGAGGAGGAGUGUGGAGACACACCAGCUGGCAGGCUGACUCACAGCCUGCUGAUGCAGACAGUACCGCAGAGAGCCACGGCCAGCAGGAGGAGGCAGGACAGCAGGGAGUACAGACCAUGGAGGGAGCCGGUAAACCCGUACUACGCAAACAUGGGCUACGCUCGAGCUCCAGCCACCAGUGCCAACGACAGUGAGCAGCAGAGCAUGUCGAGUGAUGCAGACACACUGUCGCUGACCGACAGCAGUGUAGAUGGUAUUCCUCCAUACAGAUAUCGGAAGCAGCAUCGUAAAGAGAUGCAUGAAAGUGCCAAAGCCAAUGGACGUGUGCCCCUACCUCAUAUACCUCGCACGUACCGCAUGCCAAAGGACAUCCACGUAGAGCCUGAGAGGUUUGCAGCGGAGCUCAUCAGCAGGCUGGAGACGGUUCUCAGAGAGAGAGAGGCUCAGGAAAGGCUCGAAGAGAGGCUGAAGAGAGUACGACUGGAAGAAGAGGGGGACGAUGCUGACAUCUCCAUGACAACCUCCAUGUCUUCUCAUAGUAUACCACUCCCCCUUCCAUCGUUCCCACCUCUCUACGGUGCCCGUUAUUCAGAGACCACUGCUAACACGGCAACAGUUGCCACUUACGGCGGCCUGGUUGCCAUGGAGGAUUCCCACGAUGACGACCCGGAGUCUAUUUUGGAUGAACAUGUAUCGCGCGUGAUGAAAACACCGGGCUGCCAGUCGCCGGGAGCAACCAACAGCACCUUAGGAGGAGGAGGGGGUCGACACACUCCUCCCAAAUCAUCACGCUCACCUGACGGGGGGAUCGGACCGCCUCAUUACCCCCCACAUCGAGGGGGAAGUCACAGUCUGCCUGCUGCCGGGGUCAAAGGUAUACAUCACCACAAGCAGCUGUACCACCACAGAGGAAGAGAAGGACAGGAGGAGGUGGGCUCUAGGUCUCAGUCCAACUUCUUGUGGAACGGAGACCCAGCCGGCCAGUAUGCAGGGAGAAGUCGUAACUAUGCUGAUGGGGCUGGAGCCAGCACGCUUGAGGGGAUGGGUUACAGUAGUAAAGGCAGCACGCUAUCACGGCGAGGUUGUAAGAAGACUUCAGAGACGUCAGGCAAAGGUGAUGAGAGUGGGCGUGGUCUGGAGACCCAGGUGCCACUGGAGGAUCUGGAGAGAAACCAGAAGAUCCUGCAGUGGAUGAUGGAAGGAGAUAGGCAAAGGAAGAGCUCUCAUGGCGGCAGCACCAGUAGCUCCAGGAGGACGGGAACCAGCAGCGAGUCGCCACGUCCAACUUCAGUGGAGCGACCUGGAGCUGUGCACCCCUGGGUCUCCGCCCAGCUGCGCAACAACCCCUCCUCGGUGUCCGCCGCCAUCUCUGGCUCAUCGUCCACCCAGGUCCAGCCCUCGCACCCUUUCAUCCAGGACCCAGCUAUGCCCCCCAACCCGGCUCCCAACCCCCUUACCCAGCUGGAGGAGGCUAGGAGGAGGCUGGAGGAGGAGAGGAGGAGGAAUGCAUUACAGCAGGCCAAGCCUAGGCAUAAGUCUGGUAAGCGCCAGGUGUGUGAGAACAUGACGGUCGCAUACUACUUCUGUGGAGAACCGAUCCCAUAUAGAACAUCAGUUAAAGGUCGUGUGGUGACUUUGGGCCAGUUCAAGGAACUGCUUACCAAAAAGGGCCACUACAGGUUCUACUUCAAGAAAGUGAGUGACGAGUUUGACUGUGGUGUAGUGUUCGAGGAAGUUCGCGACGAUGACGCCAUCUUGCCUAUCUUCGAGGAGAAGAUCAUCGGGAAGGUGGAAAAGGUUGACUGAAAUUUGGGAACAGGAAGACGAAACAGAAUCGCAAAAAAAAUCAUUUGAGAAGAGGAGAUUGGAAGAGAACAUUCGGGUUGGAUUGAAAUACAGCUGUGAGAAAAACAAACGAAAGAAAGUAGAAAGAUGGAAGGAGCGACAUGUGUCAGAAGGGAGAUUGCUCUGCAUGGUAGAAGCUCAAGUAUUAAGGAGGCAGUUAUUAUUAUGGAAUAUCUGGAUAUCUGCGUCAGCGCCUGGAUCAAACCCACAUCAAGCGAAGAAGCUUGGCCAGAUGAAACCGUAACGGAGGAAAGGAACAUAAAUUAUUUCACCUGUCUCGUCUCGACUGUGGAUAUCAGAGGAGGGCUGUUAAAAUCUGAUGUCUGACCAGUCUUCCACUUCCACUGCGAUGGAUGGAAAAGGGUGAGGGGACUGCUGGAAGGAGAGAGGAUCAAGUAGUCUUCCACUUCUGCUCUGGAGGAGUCUGUCCUCCGCAGACCAUUAACGAUGCUGCUACAUUACCACGGAAACUCUUCAAUCGGUGCUCGGGACAGUAAAGAAAGCAGUUUUGUUCCAUUCGGGAGUCUUGCUGCCUUUUGCUGUCUCUGUUCCUCAUCAGCUGGUGACAAGGGGAGAGGACAGAGGAUUUUGGGGAGUGGAACUUUUCACCUGCUUCUCCUCUCAUUGACUUCAUGGCCUCAAACACAAGAGAAACUUUCUCACCCUUGAUUCCUAGAUGUCACGUAGUGAUUUCUCACAUCAACAUGUUCAGACAACAGUUCUCUACAUAACUUGUUUACCAAAGCUACAUAUUUUUGAUAAAACAAGUAUCCUAGCUACUUGUUUUCAUUUUAUUUGAAUCGUUUAUGUACAAGGCAGGUACUAUUACUUACUAAUGCAGCCUAAUUUUGUCAUAUCUCAACUUAAUUUUGUAUUAUUGUGUAUGUUUUGAAGCUAGUUCAUUAGUCAUUUCAGGGCAGCCGUUUUGUUUUUUUUCCUCUCAACCACAUCCACACACCUCAGUUCUGUACUGUUUACCUUUUUUUGCGACUGCAGUUCUGUUCUCCUGCGCGAUACAUUUUAAUCAUAGGAUAUAUUUUUUUCCCACCCUCAAAAAUUCUCAUGAAAAAGCGGAGAGCACAGUAAACGUGCACCAUCUUUGACCACAGUAUCCGUUGUUUUUAAACAUGUCACACUGUCUCCUCGUGUAUCUCGUAACUUUUUUUUCUAUAUCGAGAGCCUGUGUACGUAACUCCGAGCUCACUCUACAUGCCUGCCUGCCUGCGUGCCUGGCCAGUGCCAUUACUAUCUAGAAUGCUUAUUCUGAAGCGUGUUGGUGAGUGUGGAAGCCCGUGUCGGUCGUGUUUUGUCUGAACUCAGCCAAAGAGCAUAUCGUACGUCCCAUAUGCCUACAUGCGUGUGUCAGUGCAGUCCAAGUCCACAAGUAUCAAAUGUAUUUUUUCAUCAUGAGCAGAAGGGAAUCUCUUAUUCCUCUUGCAGAUUCUCAAACUUCAGACAUUGUAGCUUAACAUUGAGUUUAAAAUCUGGAGCUUAUCUUAGGGGAAGAGUUUGAACAAUUUGGGAAAUGCGACUAUUGCGUUUUCUUGCUAGGAGUUAGGUGAGGAAAUUGAUACUGCUUUUAAAUCUAUACAGCAAAUAUGAAGCCCACAUCAAGCAGUUGGUUAGCUUUUGUUCAGAUUAAACAAACUAUGACUGCAGCUAAUGAUUGUUUUUAUUUAUCAAUUUGAUCUGACAGUUAUUCUAAUUAUUCCCAAUUAAUUGUUUGGUCUAUAAAAUUACACUUUACCACACUUUACUGAAGCCGAAUACAACCUGUAAGAAUUGCUUGUUUUGUUGAACAAACAGUUUUAUGUCAUUUAAGAGAAAUAAAGCAGCAAAUUGUCAUAAUUUAGAAACUGGAACAUGUUAAUUUGUGCACUUUAAAGGUGCAGGUAGGCAGAUUUUGUUACGUUUGGAUAGAGCUUGGCUCGCUGUUUCCCCCUGUUUCCAACUGGCUGCUGGCUGCUGGCUGGCUGCAGAUUCAUAUUUAAUAAGCAGACAUGAAAUUGGUUUUGGAUCUUCUCAUUUAACUCUAAGGAAAGCAAAAACAUUAAUUUCCAAAAGUGUUGAAUCCUUCCUUUAAACGUCUCACAUCACUGGAGUACAGCAGCGAGGCCUCAGGGCCAGAACAUCUUAACACCUCAGUGCACACUGCGCUGACAACACACCAGCUAUGUAAGCUGAAUGUAAUCUUACUUUUUUUUUAAACUUGUACCUGCUAUAUCCUCAAAGGAAGUUCCUUCAUUUGUCAUAUCAUCAUGCCUGAGUGUACCUUCAGUAUUGAUCUCCAACUGUUGGCCUGACUGAGUGAUUUGUGUUAUCUCCACUGGUAGUUAACUGAAUGUGUUUGUCAAACAAAGGGGGUCCUACAGAAGGUCUUGCAGGAAUGUCAAAUACAAUUUGUCCUGGGGUUUCUCCCCAGUAAGGGAAACAUAGGAUCGUAAAACAUAUUUGUCCUUACUUCAACCCAUUUUGCCUUCAAUAUGAAAUUUAAAAUUUAGAUAUGUAUUUGUUUAUUAAAAAAUGUAAUUUUAAUAAUCACCAAGCAUGUUCUUUAUAAGGAAUGUUUUCCUGAUGAGUUGAAUUAUCUAUUUUGUUUUAAUGUUUAUGUGCGAACUGCUACAGCCCUCUGAUAUAUUUUAUGUUUUGUUAGAAAGAAUGCCCAGGGACAGUUUAAUGACAACAUUUGUAAACAGUUGUUUCUUGUGAUUAUGAUUUGAUGAACAAAAGAAACAACAGCGUCUGUCGUGUUGUCGAUUUGUGUGAAACACAGUGCCUUUAUCAUGUUAUCUUUCAAAAAUGUUUAUUGAACCAAUCCAUGCUUUUAUUGUUAAGUUUUUAUUUCUCAGUCAGUCCCAUCAUAUUUUUAGCCGCAGUAAUGCUUGCUCACUUCUGUUCUGAUAGACUCUUUGCUGUAAAUAUGUACAUUAUCAUUUCAUACGUGUCUUCAGACCUGCACCACAUGUCCAUGGUGUUUCUGUUUUUCAAAGGUAAACACCAAGAUGUCACUGUGCUGGUUCCACUUGUACAUUUCUUUUAAAAAGGUACUUCAUAAUAAAGAUGUUGAAUAAA